GGUCAACGGGGCGCCCCUCUAACAGCUCCCACUGCAAUGGCGGGCGCUUUUAAGGAGUACGUGACUGGCAACCUGCGACAGGUGUACUGCAACUUGAGCAGUAACUUCGAUGCCUUGCUCUUGGAGCAGCUCCGGAAAGCCGGGGAGGACUUGGUGCAGCACCACAAGGAUCAAAUGGUGACCAGCCAGACCCUUUGGUCUCGGAACGUGUCGCCCUUCAUGAACCUCACGCCAGGGGACUCCUUUAAUAUGAACGCCUUCAAGACGAACGGCGACGCGACGCCCAAGGCACUAAACGGAGGCCAUGACGACUGGGACAGCGACCACUGGCGCUGGAAGGAGGAGCCAUCGCUGGAGCUCAGCCUCGACAGCUGGAGCUUGAAGGAGGGGCCUCCGAUGGUGAAGACCGCCAGCAUGGGCAGCGUGAGCGACGAGGAGGCGGCAGCGACCGCUGCCAAGGCCCCGAAGUUUGCGCAGCUGCAGCUUCACGAGGUGUGGCAUGAGGACAAUCGGCCAUCUCUGAUGAUGAAGAAGAAGACCUCGAAUCGCAUGGACGGUUUGUACAUGCGACGACCCUCCAGAUUCGCUAUACGCUCGGGCGAGGAGAUCCUAGGCAACUCAUGCUUGCAGCGAAUGGUUUUUCGCCCGAGCAGCAUGCGGUGCUUGAUUUGGGACCUCGUUUGUUCCUUCACCAUCGUCUACGACACGGUGAUGAUCCCGUUGCUCUCGGCCUUUCCCAUCGACUCCACUGGGGUGCCUCAGACCUUGGAGUUCAUCAGCUCCACGGUGUGGCUUUUGGACUUGAUUGUCAGCUUCUUCCGGGGGUUCCUGGACACCAAGACAGGCUUCGUGGAGAUGCGGCUGGGCUACAUCGCCUUUCACUACCUCACCACUUGGCUCUUUGCGGAUCUCACCAUGCUCAGCGUCGACGUGGUGUCGCUGUUUCUGGUGGACCAAAAGGCUGCGGCCACCGUCACACUGCUGCGACUCUUCCGCAAUCUGAGGAUCUUUCGACUGGUGAAGAUGGCCGGGCGUCUUUCCCGCAUCAAGGAGAUGGUGGUUGGCCUGGACUACGGCCUGGAAUGGACCUCAGUCUACCUCGCCACCUUCAUGAUCAUCCUCAGGCAGCUGGCGGUGAUCGCGCUGCUGUGCCACUUCUCAGGGUGCGCGUGGUACGCGCUCGGGGGCUUGUCGGUGGAAAAGACCUGGAUCACCGAGCACAUGCAACCAGAGAAGCAAGACGACGUUGUCUUCCUCUACACAACGUCCCUGCACUGGUCCCUGACGCAGUUCACCCCAUCUUCGAUAGAUGUCGUGGCCACGAAUGUGCCGGAAAGGGUUUUCUCCAUUCUGGUGACUGUAGCAGGACUCAUCGUCUUCAGUUUCUUCAUCGGCACCAUCAACCAGUCCCUGGGCAAGUUGGGCAGCCUCACCGCCCAAGAGACUCGACAGAAUACACUGGUGAGGCACUACGUGGUGGAAAAGCACAUCUCAGUGGAGCUGGCAGCAGACAUCCUGAGGUGUAUUCGCAGGCGCGGCCUGGGCAAGGAGAACAGCAAGCUGGUGCUUUCGGACAUCAAGAUCUUGGAAAGCCUCCCUCGGAAGCUCCUGGUCCAACUGCAGCAGGAGGUCGGUAUGCCCAUUUUGGAGUCCCACAGUAUGCUGAAGCACGUGUCUGCCAUGAACUACAAGGAUAUCGCUGCACUGUGCAAUCGAGCCCUGAAAGAGAUGAGCGUGGUCUACGGCGAGGAGCUGUUCCAAGCCGGCUUCCCCGGGGAGAAGAUGUAUUUCGUGCGCAGCGGGAUGCUGAGCUACAACUGGGACCUGACGCCCCACAUCACCGACGAGGUCUUCGCGGAGAGCCGCGUGUCCGAGGCUGCGCUGUGGCUGCGCUGGGAGUACCGGGGGCGCCUGGCCUGCGCGGACCAGAACAGUUAUCUCUUCAGCCUGGAUGCUGUGAACUUUCGGAAAGUCAUGGCCCGCGGCGAUCAUUCGGAUCUUUUUGCGCUCUACGCCCGGCUUUUCCUGAAGAUGAUGACGGAGGAGUGCGGUGCCACGGAGGAGGACGCCACGGACCUCUUCGGCGACGACGCCCACGUAGGGAAGUUGCUGAAGUUGGCCUCACUGCUGGCCCGGGACUCCGUGGAUCUGCGGGCCGUCUUCCACGCCUGGAAGACCAUUGUGCCCGCGCAAAUGCCGCCCAUGGAGAGGGUGAAGAAGGGGCUUUGCUGCCUGCCAGUCAUGAUGAUGACCAUGGCGAAGAAGAAUAAGGAGAGCUCAUCCGAGUCCCAGGAUGAAGCGUGAAGCGCUCCGGGACGAAAUCGAAGUCACCCAGAGUUUGGUUUUGCGGCAUCCCUUUCUUUGCGGCUUGUGAAUCGUUUUUUUUUGUUUUUGUCUUUUUCUUUUUUUUGUUUCUUUCUCUCCAGAGCACUGGAACGCACCGCGUUGCACAGCUCACUUCCUGUCGACGGGA